GGUGUAAAGACGUUAUCCAUUUCCACACAACUUUUGAUACUUUGGUGUGUGGGAACCCCAUUUUAAGAAGCACAAAAAUCAAAUUAAAAACUGUCUCAGUCCCUUUUCAACAAAGGUAAAAUGGUUGAGCUUUCCACUUCUUGUUGCUUUGCUAACCCUUCAAUUACUCCAACAAUUCCCCUAAUUUCACAAUUUAGUACCAUAAAUUAUAACAAGGGAAAAACUUCACUAAGAGGCGAAAGAUUUAUUACUUCUGCUGCAAAAUCUGGAGGUUUUUCACUUAAAUCGAUUGUGAAUAGGUGCGAAGGAUGCGGAGGUCAAGGUGCAAUAGAGUGUCCCGGAUGUAAGGGGACUGGAAAGAAUAAGAAGAAUGGGAACAUCUUUGAAAGAUGGAAGUGUUUUGAUUGCCAAGGAUUUGGCAUGAAGAGUUGUCCAGUCUGUGGAAAAGGAGGACUUACCCCGGAACAACGUGGGGAACGAUAAUAGAUGCGGAUUCAAUUCUCAUCAAUCCUCUCUUUUCCAAUACCCCAAUGUAAUGAGAGAAAAAAAUACACUCUUCCCAGUCCUUCAAGUGUCACACAUAUACAGUGUCAUACCAAUAGUGGGCGGAGAUACAGUGAUAGAAGAAUGGUCAAUUGAACACCCUUCAUUAAAAAAUUAUACCGUCUAUAUAAAUUAAAUAUUAUGUAAUAUCUAUAUAUGUUAUAUUCUGAA